AUGUCUACACCAACCAUUGAAGAUCUUCAAGCCCAAAUUGCCUCUCUCCAGCAAGCCAUUGCCUCUCUUCAGCAGCCAUCCAUUCAAGCUCCUACCCCCCAGCCAACAACUCCAACCCCAAUCAAGUCACUGAAGGUAGCUGCCCCUGAUGUGUUUGAUGGAACCUUGUCCAAAACAGAAACCUUCCUCAGCCAGCUUGCCUUAUUCUUUCAUGGCAAAAGAAAUGAAAUCCAGAGUGAUGCUGACAAGAUCAUCCUGGCCCUUUCAUAUAUGAAAGGAGGCACUGCUGGGCCCUGGGCAAAGGAAAAAGUCAAACAGUACUCCAAAGGGGAAGUUACCCAAACCUGGGAGGAGUUCUGCAAGGAGUUUGAAGAGGUCUUUAAUGAUCCUGACCCAAAGGCUACUGCCAGACACAAGAUGAAGAAGCUGAAGCAAGGCAGCCAGACAGCAGAUGAGUAUAUCUGUAGCUUCAGAGAGCUAAAGGAUGCUACAGGAUACAAUGAUGCUGCCCUGGUGGAGAAGUUUGAGGAAGGUCUGAAUUCAGCACUGGUAGACAAGAUCUACAAUCUGCCUCAAAUGCCUACCAAUCUCCAAGAAUGGUUCCAGUGGGCUGCCAAACUGGACAGACAAUGGAGGCAGAGGGAAGCCAAGAAAUCUACCAGCCUGCAGCCCAGUAAGACCCCCUCCCCUAGGUCAGCCUCAAACCCUAAGACCCCUAUUCCCUCUACCAUCUAUUCCAAACCACUCCCACCAACACCAUCAGUCCCCAGCACCUCAGAGGCUGUACCUAUGGAAGUAGACUCUGGAUGGAAGAGUGUAAAGCCUAAGGUGUGCUUCAAAUGCAGGAAGCCUGGUCACUUUGCCAGGGACUGCAAGUCCAGAGUUGAUAUCAAUAGUAUGGACUAUGAUGCACUCAAGGCCUACAUAAUGGGGGAAAUCCAGAAGGAAGGAUCAGAGACAAAGCAGGAUUUUUAG